AUGUCAUCAGGUCCUGUGGUGGAGAGUGACGGUAGCAGAGCACAGGCCAGUCUGGCAGUGACUUCAGUGUACAGUGAAGGUCCCCCCUCCCACCUGGCUGUGACUGUGUUGAGGGCCACUGGCCUCAGAGCUAAGACCUUUCAUGGGGGCAGCAACCCUUACGCUAUCCUCCAGCUGGGGCAAAGGAGAAUCACCACCCCUGUCAUCCACGAUACCCUGACCCCCCACUGGAACUGUGAGCUCACCUUCCCCCUGCCCUCCUCGGCCCCCUGGGAUGCCAACGCCGCAGCCCUGACCCUGACCAUCCACCACCGACGCUCCCUACUGGCCCUGCCUGAUAAGUUCCUGGGUACUGUGAGCUUCAGGCUGGAGGAUGUUGUCAAGAAGAAGGACGGGAACAAAGAGUGGUUUGUCCUCAAUUCUGAGCCGAGGAAGAAGCUAAAGAAGCGUGGACAUGUGGAAGUGUCUUUCAGGCUGUACACAGAGCGUAGCUGCCUUCCAUCCCACUCCCAACCUGUCACCCAGACCCACUCCCAACCUGUCACCCAGACCCACUCCCAACCUGUCACCCAGACCCACUCCCAACCUGUCACCCAGACCCACUCCCAACCUGUCACCCAGACCCACUCCCAACCUGUCACCCAGACCCACUCCCAACCUGUCACCCAGACCUACUUCCAACCUGUCACCCAAACCCAUUCCCAACCUUUCACCCAGACCUACUUCCAACCCCUCACCCAGAUCAAAUCCCUCUCCCACUCCCAACCCUGCACCAUUCUCUCCCACUCCACAAGCCUCUCCCAGCCCUCCAACCUUCCCUCCCACUCCCUCACCCAGCCUCACUCCCAAUCCCACUUCCAACCCUCCUCCUCCAUCUGCACCAAGAGCCACAUCAGCUGGGAGAGUGACACACACUGCUUACCACCUUCUGUUCAGCCGGUGGUAAAGCAUUGGAAGCCAAACCAUCCAUCUUGUGGAGAGGAGAAUUCUGAAGUGCUGGACUCAGUUCCACCACCAUCUGUACCAGCAGACAGCCCAGACUGCGUCAGCAUCACUACAGCUGAGUGCAGCAAUAACAUCAGACCAGUAUCCUAUUUCCCUGCAUCCAUCCUCACUUCUGAGACUGGAGACCUGGAGGAUGGCCAGGAGGCCAGGGAGUAUCUGCUGGACCCAGGACGAGGACACAGCUCCCGUCAGGGUCCCCUGGAGGAGACAUCUACAGCAGGGAGCACCAUCGGGGCUCAGACUUUCAGUAAAUUCCAAAUGUUCCCGUUCCAACAUUCCCAAUCCCAAGGGAGGGGGAGAAGGGUCUCUUUCAGGUCCUCCUUCCUUUCCAGACUGAGGCGUCACCGCUACAGGUUGGACUCAGGAGAAGCCAGCGGGGAGAGAAGGACUCUGAGACUCCCGGUCUGCUCCAGGGUGCUCUCCCGGUCGACCUCUCCACCUUAUGACAGGUUCCCCAAGAUAGAUGUGUCAGAGAGGCCACAGGGUUUCUUGUCACGGCUCUUCCCCUGUCUAGGUAGAAGAGAAUGA